AUGAGGAGGAACGAACAGGCAGGAAAAAGAGCAUACAUGGAAGGCUUGGUCCAACAAGUGUUUAGCAAGAAUCAUAGAUGUAGCAUCGGAAACUGGGUCAUACACAAUAAGUUUAUCAUGAACACUGCGGCAAGGCAAAGAAAUGUUCUGGCAUCAGAGGAGAAACGGGUAGAAAUACUGGCGAAACAGGAAAGAAGUUUCACUGAUCCAGAGACCCAGACCAAUGAUCCACCCAGUGCCACCAUGAAGGAGGCAAAGAAAUCAUUGGGCAGUUUCUUCAAGACAGCACCACUUCCUGCCUCAUCUUUUGUUGACCUAAGGAUCCCCGGGGACCGCCGACGAAGCGCCGCCCCGGUGUGUAAGUUCGCAUCUGGCCGGUGGCUUAUCGCUUCGCUCAAUGCCGGGACCAGCAUGCUCUUGGAUUUUGUGCUCCAAAAUGUCCUCUGCCUCUACCUCUUCCUCGACCUCUUCCUCGACCUCUACCACGCCCCCUGCCUCGUGUUUGUUGAUAAUAAACUGCAUUAUCAAAACAGGCUGUCUCUUCCUCGUGAUUUUACUCACACUUCUCUGCGUCCUUGGAGUUCCGUCAACCCUCGGAUCCCAGCCCGCCAGGGAGGACCAGUCCCGGAAAAGGUCUUUUUACCGUGGCCACGGAGUUUUACCUGGAUCUCUCUCACCCGCUGGGAUCGUCAGGUUAAAUUAAUAUCCGAAAAACGACCACUAGUUCGCCAGUACCCCUUGAAGCCAGAAGCUGAAGAAGGUAUUAAGCCAGUAAUACAGGACAUGCUGAAAUCAGGAAUAUUAAGGGAGGCACCUGACGCUACAUGCAACACACCUAUCUUUCCCGUGCAGAAAGUCAGCACAGGAAAGUGGAGAAUGGUCCAGGACCUCAGACCAAUAAAUGAAAUAGUGGAGCAUGUUGCUCCUGAUGUCCCAAAUCCACAUACAUUACUGCAUUCAUUGACUCCAGAUAAAAAAUAUUUCUCAGUGGUAGAUCUUAGCAAUGCUUUCUUUACAGUACCACUGCAUGAAGAGUCACAGCAUUUAUUUGGUUUUCAGUUUAAAGGGAAAAAAUACACCUAUACCAGACUACCGCAAGGCUUCAGCAAAAGUCCAUACGUAUAUACGCAAGCCUUAAGAUACUCUAUGAGCACCUGUGAGGUGCCUGAACAUAGCCAAGUCCUGUUGUAUGUAGAUGAUAUUCUUAUAGCUUCAGACACUCAACAACACUGUGAGGAAGCUACCAUAACAGUUCUAAAACAUCUCCACCAGACAGGGCACAAAGCCUCUACGGAUAAACUGCAGUUCUGUAAGGAGAAAGUGAUUUAUUUGGGACAUAUGCUAUCACAACAUGGCCGCUCCCUCCUAAGCAGCAGAAAAACAGCCAUACUGGAAGCUCUAAACCACGAACUAAACAACAAAUGAUGUCCUUUCUGGGACUGUGUAACUUUUGCAGAGAAUGGCUACCAGACUGUGCAGCCAUUGUA